CGUAGUUGGAGGUUAUUUAAUUGCAAAUAAUUUCCGCAUAGUCAACUGAUACGUUACAAAACGGAAUUAUUGGGAGAUAAGUGUACUCGCCGUCGUGCACGCGCGAUAGCUUAUAAAUUAAUUAUUAAGUCCAAGAUAAGACGCAGAGAGAGGAGUUACGUCUCGCACAACGACUGAUAUAUUCGCACCGCUGAUAUAUUCGCAUAAUGAUAUCUCGUAAACGGCCAGCCAUGGCGCGAGUGCUCGCUGAAGAAACCCCCGUCGCGCUCGAGGUCAGUGCACAUCCAGCCUCCGUGAGCCGCACUAUGUGCUUCCUGCUCCUCAUUUAUCUCCUCUUAUCGGCCGACGUCGCAGACGUUAGCGCGGAGGACGCCGACUGUCAGGUUUAUAACCACCUUUACGUCUGUUUGGCGAAUGGCGACGCGCUCCACGGCGUCGCCUUCGAGGACGUCAACGCCGUCCAGACGAUUGAGGACAUUGAGCUACAUCUGGAGAACCUCGGGAUCGUUGACAUCGUGAGGAACGCCUUCGCCGAGGUCACCAACUCGUCCGCGCUCUAUGUCCGCGAUAAUCGGUUGUCGUGCAUCGGCCGGCACUACUUCGGCGGGCUCGAUCAGCUCACGUACUUGGACCUGCGGAACAACACGAUCGCCGACGUCGAGGAGGGUGCGUUCGUGAGACUGAGCAACCUGGAGACCUUGCUGUUGGAUCACAACAACAUCUCGGUCCUGCGGCCCGGCGUGUGGAAGGGCCUCGCGGAACUGCGCGAGCUCUACAUCACCAACAACCGGCUCGAGCUCAGGAGAAACGUGUUCAAGGGGCUCAGGCAGCUGGAGACAUUGGUCCUGGACUCGAACGACAUCGCGGAGAUACCGAUCGGCGCGUUUAACGGCUUGCCACACAUAGACCUCCUCUAUCUGUCGCGCAACAGGAUCUCGUCUCUGCACCCGGACAUGUUUCGCGGUCUCAGCGAGAUAAACGAGCUCGACCUGGGCAGGAACCGAUUGAGGACGAUACCUGCCGGUGUCUUUCGGCACAUGAGGUGCCUGAACUCGCUUUGGCUCAACGGCAAUCAGUUGACCACGCUCGAGUCCGACGUCUUUCUCGGCCUGGACAAUCUGCUGUUCCUGUUCCUGAACAACAACGAGCUCCGCCACGUAGAUAUGGCGGCGUUCGCGAGGAUGAGGAACGUGACGGUGCUUCCCGGAUUUAAGAUAGACGGCUCGUUGGCGAGUGAUUUUACGAGGCUCCACGGACGAUAUCAGUGUAGUAAUGUGGCGUAUCAGUUGCCGUACAACUGUGCGGAAAUCGAUUCGUAGACACGAGUAAUCGAAACUAAAGGAGCUAGAGCUCAUAAACGAGGCGUUUCCGUAUGCACAACGUGUGAGAAAUAGUCUUAGUGACGAUAUGUUUGCGGAGAGAAAAAAUUACCGCCGGAUAUAUCUCCACGGCAGUUGCACUUGGGACGAUUUAACAUAACGAGCAUGAAAUGGACUAAUCGUCAGAUACUCAUGACAAAUUUACCGUAAACUUUUCGAUAUGUUUUCUGAGAGAUUUACCACAAACUUUUUAACGAGAAGCUCUUUGGAAAGAAAAUCGCAUGAGCGUUAUAUGUACCUAACAGAAAUUAGCAUACUCGCUUUGAUGUUACGUACAUUAGAUGUCAUAAAGCGAAAAUAAUAACGUCGAGUUUUGGGGGAAUUCGCGGCAAUUUAGCGGAAAGCCAAAUGUAUGCAAACGCAAUUGUAACUUUUUGUCAUCGUUCGCAAGGGAGCGUUUUCAAAAGUAGGAUUUGAUCUCAUUUCGUGUAAAAGCCACGUGGAUGAAUAUCAUAGGACACUGUGUCGUUCUGGCAUAUAUUAAUUACCCUCAUUGAUC